UCAAGCUGCGUCAAGGGCUGCAGCGGUAGCCGCGGGUGCGGUAAAAGCAAGAGGAGGAGGAGGAGGCGCCGGGGAAGGGAGGCAGAGCCCGCAGUCUCCGGGCCGGAGGAGUCGGGCCUCGGUUGGUGCCAGAGGAAAAGCAGGUGGGGCGGCGAGGAGAGCGCAGCAAGGCGGCGAUGACGACUGGAGCUCUGCGGAUUGGAAGAAGCGCGCAAGGGUUUCUUUGAAACGGAAGAAAACCCGGAAGAUACUCGGCGGAUCCUUCGCCGGCGGAUUCCUAGUUCCCGCUUCUGCAGAAUCUAGAAGAUCCGCUUUGCCCCGGAUUUUUAAAUCCUGGAAAGACUUUGGCUCUGAUUUGGAUUUUGCAUUUCGUAUUCCUGGCAUUUCUGCUGCGCCGCCUAUCCGUCCGCUCACUUUUCCACCCAUCCUUAGAAAUGGUGCGCGCUCCCUUUCCCCGCUGUCUAGACGGCAGGCGCUAUUCACCUCUGAGCUUUUAACUCGGAAUUUACUUCAAUGCAACCAGGCGUCCGGAUUGAUGUCUCUCCGCGGGUCCAGUUCGUGCAAUACGCCCGGCAGGAUUUUUUCCGAAUUGCAGAUUGUUUUGAUCAAUGCAUUCCUUUCAUUUAAAAUCGCACCAGUCCUCCGAUUUUACACAGGAUUAAAAGACUGUCGGCUCACUCCUUUUCGUAACGCUCUGCUUUUCUCUUUUUAAACUGGGUUGCAGAGCGCUCCCGGUGCGCUAAUCUGGGUUUCCCAUAUUUUUUUGAGGGCAGCAAUCCAGAUUAACAUAGUUCAACUGCGGAAGGUGUUUGCUGGUUUUCAGAGCGAUGUUGCCAGGAUCUAUUCAGAUCUCUGGGGAGACUUUAUCCAGUGCAGAAAUUCGGGAUAUUUGUGAGAGUUUGCGGGAGAACUCCAUCAAACUGCUUUCCCUCCGGGGUUGCCAAAUUUCCGAUAGAGAUUUCGGUCGCAUCUGCAAGGGGGUAGCAGAGUCUCAUUCCUUGGCUCAACUUAAUCUUAAUUUAGGAAUUGUUUCCAAUAUUAAUCGGGUCAAGCAAUUGGCUGAAGCUCUGAAGACAAACCGCUCUGUCCAAUCUUUAUUCCUUCAUGGAAGUCCUCUGACAGAUGCUGGUCUGGCCAUUCUCAACCCAGCUUUAUCCAUCCAUCCAUCCCUUGUGGCCUUGGAUUUGGGAGACUGCAUGCUGGGGGAUGAAGGUAUCAACUUGAUUUGUGGCCUUCUUCCUCCUGAUGGGGCCAAGUCAGGAUUGAAGGAACUGACUCUCAGUGCAAACUCUGGCAUCACCCCCAAGGGAUGGGGACGUCUGGCUAUUGCAGUGGCUCAUAGUUCCCAAGUGCGAGUGUUGAACUUGGACUACAACCCCCUGGGUGACCAGAUAGCAGCGAUGCUGGCUGUUUCAGUGGCAUCCAGCCGCACCUUAGAAGUUUUAGACUUGGAAGGGACAGGACUUACCAACCAGUCGGCUAUGAUCUUAUUGGACAUGGUAGAAAACUAUCCAACAGCUCUGAGGACAUUGAUCCUGGCAGAGAACAACAUUAGUCCUGAACUACAGCAGCAAAUCUCAGACCUUCUUUCAGAGGGAGAGGAAGAAGAUGAGACUGUGAACCAUGAAGUGAUGGCCAGAGAGAAGAAUUCCUGGAUCUGUCAAAGCAGAUGAAAUCUUAAUAGAAGCUGAUGGAUACUAAAUUUGAAUAUAAAUUAAUAGUUAAUGCUUUCACGGAGAUGGCAAACCACUUCCAAAAUCUUUUCAAGAAAACUGCAGGGAAGACUUCUGGGGAAGAAGCAACAACCUGAAGAUGGCACCACAAAAGGUGAAGCUGACCAUGACAGAAUGAAGACCCAGCGAGUAGACUGCCUCUCCAUAAUUUCUCUCCGGACAAUGAGAGAACUUGAGAUCACCCACAAGUGCUCCAGAUAGUUAUUCCUCGUGGGGAGACCUUGAGACAGUGAUCUCAGUAGCUUUAAAGCUCUGGGAGAUGAGGGAAUAGCCAUUUUGUUCAAAUUCCAUUUGGCUCCUCAAAGACAAUUGGUUCGUAUUCUCCCUUUCUUAAUCACUUUUGGAAAAUACUUGUUAACUGCUUUUCAGCUAUUAGGAACUUUCGAAUCACAAAUUUUACAACACCUAGUGAGUCUCCUUCAAUCCUUUGUGAAAUAAGUUUGAAAUAGCAAUUCUACUUAGUCUUAUAUACUGCUUAACAGUGCUUCAUUAAUUAUAUUAAUUAUAAAAUAUCCUUUAUAAACCUUGUCAUUGGACUUUUUUCUGCCCAAAGUCUUUAGUCCCCUCUAGUGUUUUUAUUUCAAAAUUGCAAAUUUUCACAUUUCUAUUUCUUAUUUUUUAAUAGACUUAAUUCAUAUUACCAUGAAAAUACUGGGUUUUUAAAAAUUAUUUCCCAAAAAUUUAAACAAAAGUCCUAAUAUUCCAAAACUGUCUGGUCCCUUAAUUUGUUUGUAACUUAAGUUCUUAUUAAGCUUUUUGCUGUUUACCUCAUUUCUUUUCAUUAUGCAGGCUGUUAAUUUAAUUUUGUAUUGGAAACUAUGUUAACUCAGCGGCCGGUUUUUACAAACUUGUUGCUUGGAAGAUUUCUGGCAACUUUACAGACACUUCAAAGGUGUUAAGAAAGGGGGACUUAAUGAACCUGGUGUCUUAAAAAGGUUUUGCUGCAAUUGGGGAUGGCUUCCCUUCUCUCCUGGUGCUGAAACCUGCAGGGAACUGCUGUGAUCACUAGAUAAGAGAUCACUGGAUUUUCACUGUUGUUAUUUUGAGACAAAGUUAAGAGAGAAAUUCACAGGCUGAAAAUUAACCAUUUUGCUUUUGGAUUUUGGCAGCACUAUCUAUGGGGCGAACGGAAGAUUGAAAAGUUGCCAGUGUCAAUGCUAAAGAAACUUUUUUCCAUUUCAGAUUCUAGUUCCCAGAUGGUCUUGGUAACAUCAGGCCUUGGAGAAAGUCUAUUAGCGGAAACAGAGAUGUGAACAGAAUGUCUAAGAAAAAUAUUUCCAUGUACUGUAUUUGAAAAGAUCAUGUAUUGGUGGAAAUGUGUAUUUUCACACAUCUUGUGUAAUGUCUACUGUGCUUCUGAAUUCAUGUGUGCACAAAGCAAAGAUAGGAAAGCUGAUAUGCCUGUAUGCAAAUACUGGGCUGUGUGACUGAAGAUCCGUAUAUUAGUCACCUUCCUUUUCCUACUCUGGAACCAGAUUCUAAUUAAUCAGUCCUUAUCUGCUUUUGAUGAUUCAGUUGCUGUAUUUUUAUAUUUUGCCAUAUUUAACUGAUCUUUGAGAGAAACUGCAUUUUUUCAGAUGUAUAUAUUUAUGUAAUGAGAUAUAUUCUUUUUAUUGCUUGUAUUUAUGCUGAGGUAAAAUUUUAUAAAAUUCACAAAAACAUGGCAGAGUUCUGAUCUGCGUAUGGAUGAAAAAGUUAGAAGGGAGGAAAUGUACACUGAAAAUAGUAACAGCUCACCUGAGCAAGUUAUUAGUAAAACACUUUGGCUGCUUGACUCCACGUAUCUUACAGUCUUACGAAAAGCAGAAUGCUAAUGUUGUAGGAACAUUUUCAGCCAAGUCCUACAUUGAACUCAAAUUUCAUGUACUUUGCUGUCUUUACUUUCUCAAAGCCAUUUUGAUAUACUCUUUGUUUCACAAAAUGACAAUAGGCCAUUAAAAAUAAAAGCUACAGCAAUCACAUAAUUGAUUGUGGAAAUAAUAUUGAUAAAUUAAUUUAAUAAAAUGUGGAUGCCACCCAACUCUCACAUGAUUCUGGGUGGCUCUUUCAAGUUGGGGCUAAAAUGAGAGGUGCAUACAGUAGUCACCAAAGACAACUUCUUGUCAGUGAAUAGGUUGCCCUGCUCAGAUAGCUAAGGCCAAGUAAGACACCCAUAGUAGCACAUUAUCCAUUGUCACCUCCCUAUCCUGCUUCAAGAGGGGAACUAUCAAAGCUGCAGGCCAUCAACACAUUCCACCUACAACUCCAGAGGGUUCAUCCCUAUCCAAAAACUAUCACAGGGGACAGAAGCUGGCAAUGCUAGAUACCUAGCCCUCUCUGCCCUCCAGAUGGAAUACCGGUGUUGAAUCACAUCUUCCUCCCUGAAAGCCAUGGGCCAGAGAUCUCUAGGAUCAAGCAAGAAUUCACCAAGUAGGCGCAGAUUUCCUAUAUUAAACCACCCUACUCAGCCAUGGAAGUGGAGAUAGAAAGAAAAUACCACUAUGGAUGAUUCAUAGCCAGAUUAAUUUACAGAAGCAAACGAGAGAAAAGUAGCACCGUUCUCCCUUUUGUCCCCCUUUCUUCCUCCCUAGACUUCCACUGCAAUGGUCAAGAACUAGGCUGAUUGCAAGGGGAAGAAAUAUGAAACAGGUAAGCAAGUUAUCCUGUCCCCCCACGUGCACAUUUGGUUGAAGAGGAAGACACAGUUCUCCUUAGAUUGAGCAGAUUAACAUUCAUGUGCCAAAUCUAUCAGGUUUUUCCGAAAAGCAGUCUUUUCACCACUAGAGGUGGGGGGGAGUAGUCCGUAAGUCCCUAGACUAAAAGAAUCAGAAUUGUUCGUUUCUAUGGGUCCUCUGUUAGAUCUGUUGGAAUUGGGUGUAAAAUGGGGUUAGGGCUAGGGUUACGCUAACUCUAACCCUCGGCCUACAAAUUCUAUAAUUUUCCAAAGGGAAAUUCCUGGACCUGUUCUCAUGAUACCUCUGAUUUUGGAAGCUAAAAGUAUAUAAAGAUGCUUUUAGAAUAUCCAGAGGACAGAAUGAAGAUUAUAUAAUACCGAAUCCAUUAGCUACUGCCUUAGUCUUAUACUAAGAACUUUCCUUGCCUAUUCCAUUUUCCCUAGACUUUUGAUCCCAUAGCCAAGGCAUAAUCAUAAUAGCAAGCCUGGUUUUAUGGCAUAUAUUAACCUAAAUUACACAGUUUUCAGCAGAAGGCAUGAUUCUAAUGUAGACAACAAGUGACAACUUUGGGUAGAAUACAGGAAAGCAAAGUUAUAAAAUCAGUCCUCAUAUUAAGAUUCUUCAAACAUGAUAAUCUAUUUAGAAAGCCUCUAGAGAUAUGGAUCUUACUGAGAUUGAAAAAAGAAACUCCCAACCAACCAAAAACCAAUCAGCAUAUGCCUAACCCUAUUCCUAAUCACCACCACCAGGACAUCAGAGUUUCCCCAUUCCUUCUGCUCCUACCACACGCAAAGCAGCAUCCCAACUGGCAACAAGGGACACAUUAUUUGGGGGAGGCACAGAAACCUCAAAUGUGGUUCCAGCCAGGGAAAUAUACUUCCCCACUGGCAAAAGGGGAGAAGUAAGCACCAACCACUAUUUCCGAAUAAAUGGAGUCUAGAAUUUUCUUUUCUGUGGACCCCAAAUAACUUCAUAUAUGUAUGGAUUGCUUGGGACACAUCUCCUCUGUCACCUCUCAUAAAAUGCUGUGAGCAUAACUAUUGCAAUGAUUGGAUGAAACAUUUUUGGCAGAACAGAAGGUAGUUUCUAGCAAGGACUAGAAACUGUCCAGAUUUAAAAUUCAACUCUCAGGGACCGCUCUGGUAUAUCAUAAAAUGCCCUGAUUUUGCUAAAGACCAUUUGACUUACAUGAAGUUCUUUUUCUACAACAGAAACAGGGCAUCUAGCUCACCUAAGUGUUGUUCGAUAUAUAUCAAUUUAAGCAACUAAUUCUACACAGUUUAAUCCUACACACACACACACACACACACACUUAUUUUUUGAAGCGUAUUUUCAUUAAAUAAUCCUGGGAGUUGUCAUACUGAAACUGGUGGAUAAAUUGUAUCUUCCCCCAGAAAGCACUCUGAGAAUCUUCUGGUUCUGCCCUGGGUGUGAAUGGAAAGAAGAUAUCACAUUACAAAA